CAGACAUUUCUCUGGAGAGAGUCUCCGGAGUACACUGAGGAAUCAUGACUGCUCUGAGGUGCUUCCGUCUGGCCGUCCACAUAUCCCUGUUUGUCUCAGUCUCAUCGAUGGAUAUUUACACCCCAAAGGAGAUCCAGGCUCAGAAUGGAACAGACACCCGGCUAAAGUGUACAUUCAGCUCUUCAUCUUCAUUGAGUGACGAUCUCUCAGUAUCCUGGACAUUCCGCCCUCUGUCAGGAGGAAAUGGAAAAACUGUAUUCACUUACCAUAAAGGGCCCCUGUCGCCGGAAGACGGCCAUUUUGGCGGUCGUAUCAUUUGGGACGGGGAUGUUAAUCGUGGUGAUGUAUCUAUAAUUAUCCGGAAUAUCCAACCAAAAGAUAACGGGACCUACCUAUGUCAGGUUCUAAACAAACCUGAUGUUCAUGGGGAGGUGGGAGAGAUUACAGUCGAAGUGGUAGACAAAGUGAAGUUCUCAGAGAUGCUGGUGCUUUUGCUGGUGAUUGGGCUUGGAAGUCUUUUAAUAAUUCUGCUGGUCUUAUCUGUGGUUUUGUAUCGAUACUGUCGCAAGCAGAGGACUCAUAGUACUGCCGUGUCAGUUUUGGAAUGUACAGAAAAGUUAAAUGAGAAACCACAGGAUCUGAUGGAUGCCAAUGCAUGACCGGAGGUGCCAAUGCAUGAUAGGAGAUGCCAUUCAAAAGGUUGACUCAGAAGUUCAGUGACUCUGCCCCGUUCCCUGUGACAACAACAAGGAUUGGCUCGUGACCUGUAAAGACCUAAGAUUAUGGAAAAUGCACACAACCUAUUCAUUUCUGGAGAGCGAAGGCAUCUUUCUCUUGUCCUUUAUACCUCUGAAUUCCUGGAUCUGCUGCACCGGAUGCACCGUACUUACAGUAUUCCAAACAUGAUAUUAUAUCAGCAUGGAUUUGGCUUAUGUGUCAUUUGACAGCAUGAGGAAUUGCUGUCUCCUGCCAGAGGCUUCCUACUGCCAGACAGACUCCCUCUCCGGCGCUGGGAGACCGAUCACGUACAACACUGCUAUAUCAUUUUUAUAUGACUGUAAAUAUGCAGGCUUGCGUGUUAUAUAGCUGCAACACAACGGGGCUACACACUUUUUCUAUAGUCGUUCCUCUUUGUAUUGUAAAUUAAUUCUACACUGCGCAUGAACUUUUCAGAAACCUUUGUAGUGGUUACAAAUUUUCCUCUACCCAUUUGCCUCUACUGCGUCAGCGGCUGUCCGCCUCUACUGCGUCAGCGGCUGUCCGCCUCUACUGCGUCAGCGGCUGUCCGCCUCUACUGCGUCAGUGGAGCACUGUGUAUAGAAGUCACUUGCACUAUUUAGAAAAUUGCCAGAUGUUGCAGGUAUUGCACAAUGAAUGGCCUCAUUCUGCGAUGGAUGCAAGACUGUCUGUGGAUACAUCUCCUCAUAUUAAUCAACUGUGUGUGCGUCGGAGUAUGCAAAUGCAACUGUGGGUCAAUAAGAGUCCUACUGAUCUCUAUUAUAUCUCAACUUGUAGCUGAGUGGGUGUAACUGGGUGACAGUAAGUGCGCCCGUGGGCAUAAAGGCAGAAUUGUGGGCUUUUCAGAGUUCUGCAUAGGCAUAGAUCCAUCUGAUUUCAGACAGAUCUCUUGCACCAAGGGCUGGUGCAAAUAUAUGCUUAAAGGGAAACUUUCACAGACGGAGGGCAGAGGUCACAUAGAGCCAACUCUGAAUAAAGGCGGAUAUUCGUGUUUCUAUCCAGACAUGGAAAGUGGCCACAACUGUAUCUGCAAUGAAUUGUCACUGAGCCUAUAGAAUGAUUUUGAUCAUCAGGACCGUGACAGGGCUAUAAUCCACCUUGUGCCAACUCUGCCUCUGAGCAUGUGACGACAUGAUGUCACAUUGGAGGGGCCAGGUUUUCACUCCAAGUGGCUCUAGAACAGUGAUGGGGAACCUUUGGCACUCCAGCUGUUGUUGAGCUACACAUCCCAGCAUGCCCUGCUACAGUUUUGCUAUUUGGCCAUGCUAAAACUGUAGCAGGGCAUGCUGGGAUGUGUAGUUCAACAAGAGCUAUAGUGCCAAAGGUUCCCCAUCACUACUCUAGAGGCUGCCCUUUGCCUUUCCAGGGACCUUGCAAGCCAUAUGCAGGUGCCAUGGGUCAAUGAAGGUGCUGUACACCCCUGCUUAUGGUUCUGUCGGUCAUUGGUAGAUGCACAGACCUAGCCAGGGACGUAAACUGGAAAUGUCUAAGCACCACAGCCAAUAUUGUGACUAUCAUAGACAAAUGCACCCAAAAUGCCUGUUACAUUCCCAGUCAGUAUCCAAUAGGUCUGAGUACUUUUGUAUAUUUUGAGACACAUUUUAUUUCCUCUGGGACAGAGCCCCUUAUGCUGCUAUAUUUACGCCGAUGUACAUAGCAUUCUUAAUACUUUAGAAAUUACUAAGGAAAGAGUUUUAUAAAAAAUUUUUUUUAUAUAUAAAAGCCAUUAUUUUUGGUAGACCAUGUGCCUUACUUACAGUAGCUUAUGUACAGCAUCUGCUUUGUGUGUGGCAGGCGGGGCUCCCAAGCAUUGAUGGGGAAAUGCAGGAUGCUUUGUGUGUGGCAGGCGGGGCUCCCAAGCAUUGAUGGGGAAAUGCAGGAUGCUGUGUGUGUGGCAGGCGGGGCUCCCGAGCAUUGAUGGGGAAAUGCAGGAUGCUUUGUGUGUGGCAGGUGGGGCUCCCGAGCAUUGAUGGGGAAAUGCAGGAUGCUUUGUGUGUGGCAGGCGGGGCUCCCGAGCAUUGAUGGGGAAAUGCAGGAUGCUGUAUAUGUGGCAGGCGGGGCUCCCGAGCAUUGAUGGGGAAAUGCAGGAUGCUUUGUGUAUGGCAGGCGGGGCUCCCAAGCAUUGAUGGGGAAAUGCAGGAUGCUUUGUGUGCGGCAGGUGGGGCUCCCAAGCAUUGAUGGGGAAAUGCAGGAUGCUUUGUGUGUGGCAGGCGGGGCUCCCGAGCAUUGAUGGGGAAAUUCAGGAUGCUUUGUGUGUGGCAGGCGGGGCUCCCGAGCAUUGAUGGGGAAAUGCAGGAUGCUUUAUGUGUGGCAGGCGGGGCUCCCGAGCACUGAUGGGGAAAUGCAGGAUGCUUUGUGUGUGGCAGGCGGGGCUCCCGAGCAUUGAUGGGGAAAUGCAGGAUGCUUUAUAUGGUAGGCGGGGCUCCUGAGCAUUGAUGGGGAAAUGCAGGAUGCUUUGUGUGUGGCAGGCGGGGCUCCCGAGCAUUGAUGGGGAAAUGCAGGAUGCUGUAUAUGUGGUAGGCGGGGCUCCCGAGCAUUGAUGGGGAAAUGCAGGAUGCUGUAUGUGUGGCAGGUGGGGCUCCCAAGCAUUGAUGGGGAAAUGCAGGAUGCUUUAUAUGGUAGGCGGGGCUCCCGAGCAUUGAUGGGGAAAUGCAGGAUGCUUUAUGUGGUAGGCGGGGCUCCCGAGCAUUGAUGGGGAAAUGCAGGAUGCUUUAUGUGGUAGGCGGGGCUCCCGAGCAUUGAUGGGGAAAUGCAGGAUGCUGUAUAUGUGGCAGGUGGGGCUCCCGAGCAUUGAUGGGGAAAUGCAGGAUGCUUUACAGUAUAUGACAGAACCUCUAGCGACUAUCAGAAAUGUUUGUGCAAAAACAAAUAAAUGUUAUCAUAUGUCUACUAAA